AUGUCGUCGCGACGCUACCCAACCGCUGAGCUCUAUGAGGAGCGAGAGCGCGACUUCUACCGCAAUGGAAACCGCAGCGAUCGCAACUACGAGGAGCUUGACCUCGAGCUGCGCCGCGGCACUGGCCCGGACCCCAGGCGCAGUGCCCCCGACUUCUUCCGCGAGGACUACAACCGCCCGACGGCUGGCCCCAUGGUUCUGAGGAGCCGCGAUGAGGACAACUAUUCGCGAGCAGGACCCCGCAGCAGCCGCGGCGGGUUCGACGACGAUGUGCGCUCUACCCGGAGCCGUCCCCCGCCUCCGCCCUCUGCUAUGCGGGGCAUGGAGCGGGACGACAUCAGUAUCCGUCACAGCGAGGCCCCGACGCGCCGCGGACGAGCAGACGACAUUGACGAGACGGACAUUACCAUCAAGCGCCGCGAGCAGUCUCGUGGCCCCCCAGAGCGCGACGACAUCAUCUUCCGCCGUGGCGAUGGCCCCCCUGUGAGAUCUGUCAGCCGACCCGCCCCGCGUCAGGUGGACGACGACGAUGUGCGCUUCAGGGGCCGCGGUGGAAACGACAUCGACUUCCACGCCUCUCGCAGCGAAGUUAGCCGCCACGGCAGGGACGUCUCUGCUGAACGAGGCUCUAUCCGCUUCCAGGAGCGUGACGGUAACUUCGAGCUCCGCGCAAACCGCCGAGAAUUCAGUCGCGAUGGCAGGGACACCAGCAGAGAGAGGAGCUCUUUGACGAUUAGAAACCGCGAGAGGAGUCUCCCUCCCCCAUCGCGCAACCGCGGCGAUCUGAUCGCUAGGGAGCGCGAGGAGUUUGUCAUCCGCCGUCCACGCGCAGAGUCUCCUCCUCAGAACAACCGCGAAGUCAUAAGAGACGAGAUCAUCAUCCGCCGCAAGGAGGAGCGAGCACCCACUCCUUCGCCCUCUCCAUCUCCGCCUCCUCCACCCCCAGCGCCAGCUCCUGAGCCAGAGAUCCGUCCCCCGAUCAUCCAGGAGAUCAUCACACAUCACCGACACAUCGACCAUGGUGUCGUCAGGGCCCGCACGCCAACACCGCCUCCCCCACCGGCGCCCCCGUCUCCUCCCCCUCCACUAAACGAGACCCUCGAGAUCGAGAUCAACCGACGAGAGAGCCACAGCCGUGGACGUGGAAGGAGCAACUUCGAGGAGCUCGAUAUUGAUAUCAACUUCAACCGCGACCAGGUACGUCACCGCGAGCGGUCGUUUAGCCCCCCAGGGCGUGUGCACACAGCCCCCAUGCCCGAUAUGGACUUUGAUUUGGAAGCCGAGUUCUACAACCGCAAAGCACUCGAGCGAGCCUACCCUGGUGAAGCUUGGAACGGAGUUACCAAAGACUGGUCCAUCAUCGACGUGCCACCCGGCACCAGUCGUGUGCGCAUGGAUGGCAUCGGUGGUGCUGCCCAAGAAAUCACCUGGCAGCGCUACAACGGCGUUCGCAGAUCAAAGUUCAUCAGCGGCGACGAUGAACAUACCACUGACAUUUACAACCAGGGAUCGGUGAAGCAAAAGAAGAAGGACAUGUGGACCGAAAUUACAAAGGACUUGGUCCUCCGCGAAGCUAUCGACUCGUGCGGCUACUCAUGCGAGGAGACCGACGACUUUUUCUACGUCAUGGAGUACCUGCGAUACGAGGAUGUUCUGCACCUCGUGGAGAUUUCUGACGAGAUCCGUCGUAAGCGCAAGAGCCGCAUUCGGGAAAUCGAGAUUGAGCGCAAGUCUAUCCACGACUCCCGCCCAGCCUCAGCCUACGACGACCGUUUCUACGAGCACGAAGUAUCGUUCGACAGCCGUCGCAGCCGAUACCUGUUCCCAGCGCUCAUAUCAUGCCAAAACACAACAACGAACGUCACUACCGCUUCGACCUUCUACCUCGAUCGAACAGAAACACAGUUUUCUAUCAACAUCGCAGAUGACUCGGACGAUGUCUUCAUCUACUACGCCAGCCCGGCGUAUUCAUGGGUCGGUGUUGGGUUUGGAGAGAAGAUGGAAGGGAGUCUGAUGUUCAUCAUGUACCCCAAUGAAAAGAGCGACAAUGUAACGAUAUCCACACGCAUCGGAUCCAAAGCCUCGGAACCAACCUUCAACUCCUCAGUCUCCCUUACCGUCCUCCCAGGAUCCAGAGUCGACGACGACAUGCUUAUCUUGAGAGCCCGCUGUGGCAACUGCCGCUCCUUUAUCGACACCGAAGCAACAGCUCAUCCCAUGAUCUACGCCUUCGGCCAUGGACAAAACCUGCAAUCCAACUCGCCCUCUGCAAACCUCAAACGCCACAUCCGCUACGGUCACUUCACCAUGGACAUGGCAACAGCGACUGGACCAGGCGGCGUGCCAGCAAAGAGCAACGCCUUGAACGGCGUCAGCAUGGUGGGCGACAUGACCCGAGACCACGACCGAGCGAACCUCGCACACGCAGUCAUCGGAUGCUUAGCGCUCUUCCUACUUUGGCCACUCAACGUGCUGCUCGUGGCCUUCUUCAAGAACAUCAAGAUACACGUUGUCUUCAGCGUACUCAUCAUGAUCUUCCUUCUCGUGAGUUAUGUGUUGGGAGGAGUUACCAGUGCACAGUACAACCGCUCGAAAGCUUUCAACACCCCGCACCAAAUCAUCGCCUUUAUAUCACUGCUCCCCCUCCUUCUGACAAGCGUCCUCCCAUCCCUGAAACCAUACCUACCCCGCCUCCAAAAAGCUCUCCACACGCCCCUCGCUUCCGCCUCCCUCGCCCUACUCAUCCUAACCGGCGGUCUGGGUCUCCACCUCUCAGGCCAAACCCGACCAAUCGUCCUCAUCUACACCGCCAUAUCCAUCGCCGUAUUCCUCUUCAUCUUCAUCAUUCAGUCCUGCAUCCGGAAACGUGGAUCUGCAUAUUCCCGCGCUGAGAGGCGACAAAACCGCGGAACGGGCGAAGACAGCGAUGAGAUGGUCAUGCUGGGCAAGAUGGAGGAGCAAGGUAUGCCGUAUGGGCAUAGUGCGGAGCAGAAUGAUAGUAGAGAGUUUGGUGCUGAUGGACAGAGGCAGCAGCAGCAACAUGUGAGGAAUACGAGUCGCACGCAUUAUGGUGGUGGGACGAUGCCUGGUCCACAGUAUUUGCUUAAUAUGCAUCCGGGGGUGCCGGUGCAGGUUAGUCGCAUGUGA